AUGACUCUAGGAGGACAUGUCGACCCCCAGGGUGGUCACACCCCUGCGGAGUGGGCCGCAAUCAUUGCUGCAUGGACUCCUGAGGAGAGAGCAGCAAAAGAGAAGAAGUUCGUGAGAAAGAUCGACUUCCGACUUCUCCCUAUCUUAAUCAUCAUGUAUAUCAUGAACUACAUCGACCGGAAUGCCCUCCCUCAAGCUCGCAUCCAAGGCCUCGAGGAUGAUCUUGGUCUUAAGGGUGUUGAUUAUAACUUGGUUCUCAGCUUGACAUUCAUUGGCUACAUUCUCAUGCAAGUCCCGAGUAACAUGAUCCUUAGUCUUGUCCGACCAAGUUGGUAUCUAUCUGGAGUCAUGAUUGCUUGGGGAAUAGUCAGUGGUUGCUCUGGAGCAGUGCAAAGCUUCGGAGGCAUUGCGGCUUGUCGAUUCUUCUUGGGUAUUACCGAAGCACCAUUCUUUGCAGGAGUAGCGUUCUUAUUUUCCGGUUGGUACACUCGAAAGGAACUCGGUAUGCGACUCGGUAUCUUUUUCUGCGCUGCUAUGUUGUCCGGUGCUUUCGGCGGUCUCUUUGCCGCUGGCAUCGCGGCUGCGUUCGAGCAUAAUAGGAUUGCCAGUUGGAGAUGGCUCUUCAUCAUUGAAGGUGCCGCAACUGUCGUAUUUGCUGCGAUCACGGCUUUCGUCAUCCCCGAUUGGCCUGCCACCACCAAGUGGCUUAGCGAAGAGGAAAAGGCUCUUGGUGUCACCCGACUAGUGGAGGAUGCCGGUCACGAAGAAGCAGAGAUCAAGCCUAUGGCAGCACUCAAGAUGGCCUCUAAGGAUUACCGAGUGUGGCUCUGCAUUUUGAAUCAGAUGUGUGUCCAAGCGGUGGCAUCUCUCACCAACUUCUUGCCUACUCUGGUCAAGAACUUCGGUUACUCAACCAUCCACACUCUACUUCUCACUGCACCUCCCUACCUUUUCACCGCCUGUUUCUGCCUCUUCAAUACUUGGUACUCUGACAAGACUAGCAAGCGAUCACCUCACAUGAUCUAUCCGACUGUCGCCGCAAUUGCUGGGAUCAUCAUCACAAUGGCAACUACAAACCUAGGCGCUCGUUACUUCGCCUUGUUUCCUAUGCUUGCGGGCACAUAUGGCUGCUUCCAGAUUUCGAACGCAUGGAUGGCAAACAUCGCCGCAAGACCCCAGAAGAAGCGUGCAAUUGCGCUAGCCAUGAACAACGCUCUCGGCAACACGGCACUGGUCUGGACUCCUUACCUGUACCCGACUAGUGAUGGCCCAAGAUACAUGACUGGUAAGCCUUUCAGUUCUCCCUAG